CAAGUAACCUUUCUUCCAAACUCUCCUGUGAAUGUCAGCAGCAGAUAUACGGCUCCCUGUUGGGUUAAUGAAUGCUCUCACCGUCAAACGUCACUCUCGCUCUCUUUCUCUUUCACUCACUCUCUCUUUCUCUUUCACUCACUCUCUCUUUCUCUCCUCUCCAAGCACAAGUGAAUUCACACAGAACACGGUGAACAAAACUUCCUUGUUUUCAAGGUCCGGUCAGCAGAGAAUGGCAGACAGCGAUUUGAAUCUGGUUUACCAUGGUCUCCUGCUACCUAAGAUAAGUCAUACAGAGGAAAGUCUCAACUACCUCCAGAAUUUCCAAGUCAAAGAUGAUGAUGUCUUUGCUGUUACCUAUCCAAAAUCCGGUACCACAUGGAUGCAGGAAAUUCUUCCUCCGCUCUUGAGUGGAGGAAACCUGACGUCCGUGGAAACCAUCCCUAACUGGGACAGGGUUCCAUGGCUGGAGGAAACACGAGCUUCAGUGGUCUUAGAUAAGCUCCCUUCACCACGAGCCAUCGUCUCCCACAUGCCUUAUAAUUUGAUGCCUUCCUCCUUUUUCAAGUCCAAGGCCAAGGUAAUCUACGUCGCUCGGAAUCCUAAAGAUGUUUUAGUCUCAUCUUUCCACUUUCAUCAAAUGGCCAGUUUCCUUGGAGACACUGGAACGUUUGAAGAAUUCAUUGACAAAUUCCUGUCAGGAAAAGUUUGUUUCGGAAAAUGGGCCGACCAUGUGAAAAGCUGGCGAAACCCUGAGCUCGGCGACAGAAUUCUGUACAUCACCUACGAAGAAAUGCUUCAGGACCUCCGUGAAGUCCUGGACCGGAUUUUAACAUUUCUUGGCCGGGAGCUCAGUGCAGAGGCUCUGGAUCGCGUGGUCAAUCAUGGCACUUUCAAAAAUAUGAAAACAAACAAAAUGUCAAACUACUCUCUGGUGCCAGAAAACAUUAUGGACAACAAGAAGUCACCCUUCCUCAGAAAAGGUAUCGCUGGAGACUGGAAGAAUCACUUCAGCCUUGAACUUGAUGCCAAGUUCACAGCUGUAAUUCAAGAGGAAAUGAAAGGAAGCAACAUCAAAUUCCCGUGGGAUGAGUGAAUCUCUUGUAAUGAUAUCUCGGUGCACAUCAAAAUAAACAGUCAUAGAUGGAACAUG